AUGUCAGCAACGGUGUACAUUGACGCCAUCCAAAAAGAUGAUGGUGUUGGACUGAAACCUCUUGCAUUAUCUGUUCUUUUCCAUGGAAGUGUACCGCAUCCGCUGGAAAUCACUAUUAAUGUUCCCUCUGAAUUUGCUGGCUAUGUGGUGCUGAUUCUUGAUGCUGCUCCUUUGAUGAUAUCUAGCCUACAACCAAGGCUGCGAACGCCGUCCUUCUUCCCUCUUCCAUCAGACUUCGAUCCUUUCACUGCAAGGUGUUGGGUCACACUCUUAUAUAAGCUUGAAUCUUGGCUGGUUCACGUUGUUGUCGACACACGCACACCCGAAUGGACAUGGGGUUGUGACGCAUUCUGGAUGGCAUUUCUUGCAGCUUAUCCUGACUUCCCUCAUGGCUCUUGGCCCCUUUGGAAUUCAAGAAUCAGUCUGGAAGGAGCAUUUAUUGAGUCAUGGACACUCACUGAGGAUCCAGAGGAUUCACCUGCAUUGAUCACAGAUCAUGAUACUAUCAGAGCUGCUGAGCUUUGA